AUGGUUAGGGGACUUGUAAAGCACAGUGUAGGGAAGGGGAGUAGCACCAGCAUGUGGUUGGAUUUUUGGUUACCAAAUGGCCCUAUUGUACAGCAGCUCAACCUAACUGAAUUGGAAAUUCUUCAACUGGACCCCCAGGUCAAAGUUGAUAGCCUAAUUUUCAAUGAUCAGUGGGUGAUUCCACCUUCUCUUCAGCACAUCCAUUUCUUUCAAUCACAAGAUUUCAUCUCUCAGCUGCAAUCUAUCCCCUCACCAACAAGUGAUACUGAUCAAGUUCUUUGGCUCCCCAGUUUGACAAAGCAGUACUCUUAUAGGCUCAUUUUGGAUGACUUUUCUCCUCCCUCUCCUGUCUUUGCUUGGACUCACUUAAUAUGGUUUAAACACCAUAUUCCCAAGUAUGGUUAUAUUGCAUGGUUAACACUGAAAGAAAGAUUAGAAACACUAGACACAAUGCCAAUGAUGAAGAAACACUAUACAAAUGUUUGCUACGUGUGCCUUACUGAUAGUGAAUCUGUAGACCACUUAUUCUUCAAGUGCAAGUUCAGUAGUACCAUUUGGGAUUUUGUACAGCAUGCUACAGGUUUUUACAUCAAACCAAAUUCAUGGAGGGACUUGAUUGUUUGGUGCUCAUCAACUUGGACACAACAACACUUCAUCACUCACAAGCUUCUUCUUUCCUGUGCUAUUUACUUCAUUUGGCAUGAGAUAAAUUCAAGAGCCUUCAGGAACAAGUUUGCAACUGCCUACCAAAUCAUUAAUCUCAUCAAAGGUUGCAUCAGAGUUAGAUUUGCUUCUCUCAAGUUAAGAAAUGCUACUGAAUUGAGUAAGAUUGGCAGCGUGGAAGCCAUGCAACAACUCUUCAUACAAGGAUGUGCAUUUGCUAGAGGUCAAUCAUGGUUUCUACUGCAACAAUGA